AUGGUACUCUGUUGCAAGCACUUUCUUGCCAUGAAUGCUUUGGCAGCUAGUUCUACCCAUACCAAGGUGUUCUCAGUCAGUCAGCUCAUAAUGGGUGACAAGACACUUACUGUUAGACGCGCUAACCAAUGUCAAACUCAACCCAAGCCUGAACAGGAGAGCGUGCUUUUACAUGCACAACAACAAAUUGCAUUGAAGAGGAUGAUGUUGCAACUACCUCCCUCCAUUGGGACAACUGCCACUAAAUUUCUAUGUUUAACACAAGUGGUGACUGAAGAUGAACUUAAAGAUGAUGAAGAUUAUCAAGAUAUAUUGGAAGACAUGCAAAAUAGAAUGUGGAAAAUUCGUAGUCUAGUAAAUGUUGUAAUUCCACGCCCUAACCCUACUGGAGAACCAGCACCAGGUGUUGGCAAGGUGUUUUUGGAGUAUGCUGAUGUGGAAUUAGAUUCCCAGUCGCCCUAG